AUGGAUCUGAGCCUUAAGACUAACAAUCAGAGUAUUUUUACAAAAUCAAGCACCAAGGUUGAUACAAUCGUCAUCCACGACCAAUAUGCUCAUGAGAAUGUGCAUUCAGGAUACUGUCAACAUAAGCCGAGCUUAUUAAGAAUCAGAGAAAAUAAAAGAACUUCCAAGACACCAGCUAAAGCCAGGAAGUCACUUUUAUUAAAAGAGCAGGUUAUGUACAAUUAUCGUUGAAAUUGAUCAGUCUGCCUAGAGCAAUGUAAGAGCAACAGCAAAUUCAAAACCCACGGGGCUGAGAAGGAGAAAUAUUUUGAAGGGCUACAGAAAGAUUUCAUCUGGCUCCUUGAACAUCUUACUCCUCCGAGUGAUAAAUACAAAGGAUGCUGCAUCAGAAUUGCUGACAUUUUGCAUUUUACAAGAACUGAGACAGACCAGGACCUGGUUGCGAUUAAGACAGAAAGAGAUUCUUAUGUGGGCACUAUGAAAAAUUUCAAUAAAUUUACAUUUCAUCAACUAAAGCAGGAUAUACUGAGGAUUCUCAAAUAAGAUAGAAACAGAUGACCAAGAGACUCCAAAUAAGAUUUAUGGAAAAGUGAUUGAAUCCACAUGAGUUCCUCCAGAUCGGUCAAAUUAUUUCAGAGAUCCAGCAAUAUCGCAAUUUUGGGAUACUCCAAGCAAGAUUUUAAGGUAUCCUGAUGACUACUCUCAGCUGGUUUUCAAGAAUGAAGUUAGAGGAGUGGACAACAUUGAGAAAAAGACAAUUGUUAAAUUCUACGCACCUAUCCUUGAGCAACAUCCCAGAAGAGAGAUUCAGUACGAUUUCAAACGAAUGGGAGACCCAGAAGACCUUAACAACCAAGAGCUCUGUCAUUACUAUUGCUUAAAAAUAUGAGAUUAUGUAAAAACCAUGCAUGGGAUAGAAAUUCUCAAGUUCAAGGCUCAUUUUCAAGCUGAUUCGCAUGGAAAACUCUACCUCUCAUUUGUCAAAGACAUCACAAUAAAAUAACUCGACUCUCAAAAUUGAUGGAAAAAUGAAGGAGAAGUACCUGAAGAAAAUUCAUAGCAAAGUGAAAGAUAUCAAACCUGAAGAGCUAGAUACUUCAGUAGACCUUCCUCUCAGAAAGAUAACUCUUGGAAUGGAGCACUUGAAUAAGGAUUCUUCCCCACUGGCAACGAAACUACACAAAGUGAUGACUGACCACUAUAAGAAACUUUAAAAAAGAAUAUGGUAUUGGGGUUAAGGAAGAAGAAAG